ACUGCAGGCUCGCCUUUUGAAUCACAACUACGCAGGAAAGGAAGUUCAUCAGGCUCAGUGCUGCAACGUGGAGGACAGACAUCUGAGAAUAAAACACAAAAGAGAGACUUGAUUAAAGAAGCAGGAAUGGACCUGAUUCCAAACUUCUCCAUGGAAACCUGGAUACUCCUGGCUACCAGCCUGGUGCUCCUCUACCUGUACGGAACCUAUACACAUGGAACUUUUAAGAACUUGGGGAUUUCUGGACCCAAACCAUUGCCUUUUGUGGGAAACAUUCUUGCAUUCCGAAAUGGAUUUUGGGAGUUUGACAGACAAUGCCAUGAAAAAUAUGGGAAAAUAUGGGGGUUUUAUGAAGGCCGACAACCUGUUUUGGCUAUCAUGGAUCCAGACAUGAUCAAAUCAGUACUGAUAAAGGAAUGUUAUUCUACCUUCACAAACCGCCGGGUUUUCGGUCCAGUGGGGUUUUUGAAAAAAGCAAUCACCUUAUCUGAGAAUGAAGACUGGAAGAGAUUAAGAACAUUGCUGUCUCCAACCUUCACCAGUGGAAAGCUCAAGGAGAUGUUCCCCCUCAUUAACCAGUAUGCAGAUUUGUUGGUGAGAAACUUGAGGCAUGGAGUGGAGAAUGGGGAUUCCAUUAACAUGAAAGACAUCUUCGGGGCCUACAGCAUGGAUGUGAUUACUGGCACAUCAUUUGGCGUAAAUGUUGAUUCCCUCAACAACCCACAAAAUCCUUUUGUACAGAAAGUGAAAAAGCUCAUAAAAUUUAAUUUCUUGGAUCCAUUCUUCCUCUCAGUGAUACUCUUUCCAUUCCUUAUCCCAGUAUACAAUGCACUCAAAAUGACCGUGUUUCCAAAUGAUGUCAUGAGCUUUUUUAAAACUUCUGUAGAACAAAUGAAAGAGAAUCGCAUGCGAGAUAAAGAAAAGCAAAGAUUGGAUUUUCUUCAGCUGAUGAUCAACUCCCAGAAUUCCAAAGACAAAGAGUCUCAUCACGGUUUAUCUGAUCUGGAGAUUGUGGCCCAGUCUGUUUUCUUUAUUUUUGCUGGCUACGACACCACUAGCGGUGCUCUUUCCUUUGCUAUGUAUUUGCUUGCCACUCACCCUGAUGUCCAGAAGAAACUGCAGGACAAAAUUGACGUUGCUCUACCCAAUAAGGCACCUGCUACAUAUGAUGCCCUGAUCCAGAUGGAGUAUUUGGACAUGGUCGUGAAUGAAACACUCAGAUUGUAUCCAGUUGGUGGGAGACUUGAGAGGAUCUGUAAGACAGAUGUUGAAAUCAAUGGGGUGCUCAUUCCCAAAGGGACUGUGGUGAUAGUACCAACCUUUGCUCUUCACAAAGACCCAAAGUGCUGGCCUGAGCCUGAGGAGUUCCGCCCUGAAAGGUUCAGCAAGAAGAACCAGGACAGCAUCGAUCCUUACACAUACCAGCCCUUUGGGAGUGGACCCAGGAACUGCAUUGGCAUGAGGUUUGCUCUCAUGAGCAUCAAAGUCGCUCUUGUCAGAGUCCUGCAGAACUUCUCCUUCCAGCCUUGUGAGGAAACUCAGAUCCCUUUAAAACUAGAAAAGGAGGAUUUUUUUCAACCAGAAAAACCCAUUAUUCUAAGAGCUAUAUCAAGAGAUGAAACUCUAAGUGGAGCUUGACAGAAAGUCCAUUAUGAGAUUGCAUCUCAUAACUACAGAUGCCAGCUGAUUCUGUGAGGAAAAUGCAGAAAUCAAGAUGACACUGGUUGUCUUCAUGUAUGGGGGACUAGAGGCAUUCAUCAAAUUGCUCAUCUCCUCUAGCCACCCAAGUUCAAAAAUCACUUGCUUCUCAAAAUAGAGAAAAGCAAGAACAUU